GUCGUGGGUCAUGCCCUGGGACUUGCGUGCUUCUAGGCAGUUGGAGUUGGAGACCCUCUCCCUUUUUUGCCCCCCUUGUGGGGCAGCAUUGAUCCUGGUCCCGGGCACCAGUGGCUGCACCGUGAAGAGGGGGAACCAUGAACCAGCUGGAUGCACCACGGCCACUCAACUGGACCAUCAGAAAACUGUGCCACGCAGCCUUCCUGCCAUCUGUACGCCUGCUCAAGGCACAGAAAUCGUGGAUAGAAAGAGCGUUCAGCAAGAGAGAAUGUGUUCAUAUCAUAGUGAGCGCCAAAGACCCCCAUAGGUGCUGUUGUGGUCGUCUGAUAGGUCAGCACGUUGGCUUGCCCCCGGGCAUCUCUAGUCAGAAUGAUAAGGCAGAGCGUUUGGGCAAGAAUGACAGCCUGUCAGAGAAGUGGUCCAUCAGCAAACACACACAGCUCAGCCCCACCGAUGCCUUCGGCACCAUCGAGUUCCAGGGAGGAGGACACUCCAACAAAGCCAUGUACGUGCGAGUGUCUUAUGACACUAAGCCUGACCUGCUGCUCCACCUGAUGACCAAGGAGUGGCAGCUGGAUCUGCCCAAGCUGCUCAUCUCAGUCCACGGGGGCCUGCAGAAUUUUGAACUCCAGCCCAAACUCAAACAGGUCUUUGGCAAAGGGCUCAUCAAGGCUGCCAUGACGACAGGAGCCUGGAUCUUCACUGGCGGGGUCAACACAGGAGUGAUCCGCCACGUGGGUGAUGCAUUGAAAGACCACGCCUCCAAGUCAAGAGGGAAGAUCUGCACCAUUGGCAUCGCGCCUUGGGGCAUUGUGGAAAACCAAGAGGAUCUUGUUGGCAAAGAUGUGGUGCGUCCAUACCAGACCAUGUCCAACCCCAUGAGCAAGCUGACGGUCCUGAACAGUCUCCACUCCCACUUCAUCCUGGCUGACAACGGCACCACGGGAAAGUACGGUGCUGAGGUCAAACUGCGGCGCCAGCUAGAGAAACACAUCUCCCUGCAGAAAAUCAACACCCGUAUCGGUCAGGGUGUGCCGGUGGUGGCUCUUAUCGUGGAAGGAGGCCCUAAUGUGAUCUCCAUAGUGCUGGAGUACCUCAGGGACACACCUCCCGUCCCCGUGGUGGUGUGUGAUGGCAGCGGCAGGGCCUCGGACAUCUUGGCCUUCGGACACAAAUAUUCUGAAGAGGGGGGCAUAAUUAACGAGUCUCUGAGAGACCAGUUACUGGUGACCAUCCAGAAGACUUUCACCUACAGCCGCACACAGGCGCAGCAUCUGUUCAUCAUUCUCAUGGAGUGCAUGAAGAAGAAGGAACUGAUAACGGUUUUCCGGAUGGGAUCAGAGGGCCAUCAGGACAUUGACCUUGCCAUCCUCACUGCAUUACUCAAAGGUGCCAACGCCUCGGCCCCUGACCAGCUGAGUUUGGCUCUGGCUUGGAACAGAGUGGACAUCGCCCGCAGUCAGAUCUUCAUCUACGGACAGCAGUGGCCUAUCGGUUCCCUGGAGCAGGCGAUGCUGGAUGCCUUAGUUCUGGACAGAGUGGACUUUGUCAAGCUGCUGAUUGAAAAUGGAGUCAGUAUGCAUCGCUUCCUCACGCUUUCCCGUCUGGAGGAGCUCUACAACACGAGACACGGGCCGUCCAACACGCUGUACCACCUGGUCAGAGAUGUCAAAAAGGGAAACCUGCCCCCGGACUACCGCAUCAGCCUCAUCGACAUCGGACUGGUGAUUGAAUACCUCAUGGGCGGAGCUUAUCGCUGUAACUACACCAGGAAGAGAUUCAGAACUCUGUACCACAACCUCUUUGGACCCAAGCGGCCCAAAGCCCUGAAACUGCUGGGGAUGGAGGAUGACAUGCCUAUCCGCAGAGGUCGCCAGAAGACGACGCGUAAGCGCGAGGAGGAAGUUGACAUUGAUUUGGACGACCCCGAAAUCAACCACUUCCCUUUUCCUUUCCAUGAGCUCAUGGUCUGGGCCGUGCUUAUGAAACGUCAGAAGAUGGCGCUGUUCUUUUGGCAGCAUGGGGAAGAGGCCAUGGCCAAGGCCUUGGUAGCCUGUAAGCUUUGUAAGGCCAUGGCACACGAAGCCUCCGAGAACGACAUGGUGGACGACAUUUCUCAGGAACUAAACCACAACUCCAGAGAGUUUGGCCAGCUGGCGGUGGAACUCCUAGACCAGUCGUACAAACAGGACGAGCAGAUGGCUAUGAAGCUCCUGACGUACGAGCUGAAGAACUGGAGCAACGCCACCUGCCUGCAGCUGGCGGUAGCGGCCAAACACCGAGAUUUCAUCGCUCACACCUGCAGUCAGAUGCUGCUGACCGACAUGUGGAUGGGACGCCUGCGCAUGCGCAAAAACUCAGGCCUGAAGGUAAUCUUAGGGCUGCUUCUGCCGCCGUCCAUCCUGAGUCUGGAGUUCAAGAACAAGGACGAGAUGUCCUACAUGCCUCAGGAUCAGGAGGCCUACCUGCAGGAGAAGGAGGAGGAGGAGCCUGAGAAGCCGGUCAAGGAGAAGGAGGAUGAAGACAUGGAGUUCACAGUAAGAUCUUACUGUGAGGCGCAGUACAACUCCGUGGCGAUGCUGGGUAACGUAGCCACGGAGACAUCCAGGAAGAAGGAUGUCGAGGAGGUUCAGAAACGCCACCGCCUCAUCCCCUUGGGACGCAAGAUCUACGAGUUCUACAACGCUCCCAUCGUCAAGUUCUGGUUCCAUACGAUGGCAUAUGUGGGCUACCUGAUGUUGUUCAACUACAUUGUGCUAGUGAAGAUGGACCUGUGGCCCUCUACUCAGGAGUGGAUCGUCAUCGCUUACAUCUUCACCAACGGCAUUGAGAAGAUGAGAGAGAUCCUGAUGUCAGAGCCGGGGAAGCUGCUCCAGAAGGUGAAGGUGUGGCUUCAGGAGUACUGGAACAUCACGGACCUCAUGGCCAUCCUCAUAUUCUCCGUGGGCAUGGUUCUGCGUCUCCAGGAGCCGCCGCUCAUGAGCUACGGGCGGGUCAUCUACUGCGUCAACAUCAUCUACUGGUACAUCCGGCUGCUGGACAUCUUCGGGGUCAAUAAGUACCUGGGACCCUACGUUAUGAUGAUUGGCAAGAUGAUGAUCGACAUGAUGUAUUUCGUCAUCAUCAUGUUGGUGGUGCUGAUGAGUUUCGGUGUGGCGCGUCAGGCCAUCCUCAACCCCAAUGAAGACCCGUCCUGGAUGCUAGCUAGGAACAUCUUCUUCAUGCCUUACUGGAUGAUUUAUGGAGAGGUGUUUGCCGACCAGAUUGACCCCCCCUGUGGGCAGAACAUCACUACAGAGGAUGGGGGGGUGGUGGCCCUGCCUCCCUGUAAGACGGGGGCCUGGAUCGUCCCAGCCAUCAUGGCCUGCUACCUGCUGGUGGCCAACAUACUGCUGGUCAACCUCCUCAUAGCCGUGUUCAACAAUACAUUUUUCGAGGUGAAGUCCAUCUCCAACCAGGUGUGGAAGUAGCGCUACCAGCUCAUCAUGACCUUCCACGAGCGCCCGGUCCUUCCUCCCCCCCUCAUCAUCUUCAGUCACAUCACCAUGGUCCUAAAGCAUCUGUGUUGCCGCUGGCGCAAGCACGACGACGACGAGAGGGACUAUGGACUGAAACUUUUCAUCACUGAGGAUGAGCUGAAGAAGGUCCACGACUUUGAGGAGCAGUGCAUAGAGGAGUAUUUCAGAGAGAAGGAUGACCGCUUCCACUCCUCCAACGAUGAGAGGAUCAGAGUGACUUCUGAAAGGGUGGAGAAUAUGGCUAUGCGUCUGGAAGAAGUCAAUGAGAGAGAACACUUCAUGAAGGCCUCGCUGCAGACCGUUGAUAUCCGUCUGGCCCAAAUGGAGGAACUCAUUGGUAGAAUCGCCGUAGCGCUGGAACGGGUGACAGGUGUGGAGCGCGGGGAGGUGGUCACCAAAGUACGAUCCCGGACUUCCUCUGACUGCACGGACUCUGCAUAUGUACUACGCCAGGGUGAGUGCCCGGAAACAGCAUACAUCCUGCGUCAAAGCAGCUUCAACAGCACAGAGGGGAACAGCUACCGCCUGCAGGAGGCACUGGAGGGAACAGCGGAGGGCUCCAUGUCCCCUCCCUCUCCCACUGCCAUGGCCGCACGGACACGCAGCCACUCGUUUUAUGUCGGCCGUGGUGGUGAGCGUGGAAGUAGAGCCGAGCGCGCUGAGAGCUUCUUCAAAGAGCGCUCGCUCAGUCUCCAUCGAGCCAACAGCUCACAAUCAGUGUCCUCAGGUACUGCCGCCAAGGAGUCUAAGCCCCUCCCCCUGGCCACGCUGUCGGUCUCCCAGCAGCACCGUCCAUCAUCAUGCAUCGAUAUCUAUGUCUCAACUUCUGAGGAGGUGGGGCCUGCAGAAGUCUUUCUGGAUCCUCUCCGAAUGAUCCCGACGCUCCAGAGAGACUGCUCGCUGCAGUCGGAUACCAUGGAGACGAUGCUGCCGGGAGGCCGGGACUUUGGCAGCGCCGCUACCAGCGGUAUGGGCGACAGGCACUCGGAGGGUGGAGUAGGCACCAGCGGAAUGACUGGAGCCAUGUUUGACGACAGUGCAGCUGCUGAUUUGUCCUUGUGCUCAGCCCACCUCUUACCAGACCACACAUCCUCCUGGGACAUGGAUCCAUCCCCCCCUCCCUCAGCAGGGCUGCUGGAGCGCUCUAAGAGCAGCCGCUACCUCUCAGCAGCAGGAACAUCCUUCCUUGACGAGCCCCCUCUGGUCAAGUCACACAGCCUCAUGUUCACAUCCCGAGGCUGCUACGGCGGCCUUGGGGCGGGGGUCCAGGUGAAGGCGACGGAGUACACCAGCAUCACUGACUGCAUCGACACGCGCUGUGUCUCCUCUCCAUACACUCCUGUAGAACGCUCUCACUCCCCAGGAGGAUCCACCUCCUUCCCCUUUGAUAAGCCGUCAGAAAUUGCUUCCGCUCACCCAGAGAGAGAGGCAGAGCUUAGCCACACAGAGUCAGAUCCAGAGGACCCUGAGGACCUGCUUCCGACCCCUGAUACCCCUCGUCUAGGGGGCCUUGAUGGGCCCAGUGGGGCCCCUCUCUGCUCCCCCUACUCGAGGCUUGAGCGAGCAAACAGCUGCUCCUCAGACGACUCCCAUCCUUCCCUCACGCUGGCCCCUCCUCACCGGAAGAGCCUGUCGGUGAGUGAGAGGAUGGAGAGGGGACCGGUUCUGGGGGCAGACAGGGGGCCUGGGCCGGGGGGCCGGGGUCUGGCAGGAACCAGAAACCCCUUCCUCAGGAGCAAGUCUGGAGCACGACCUGAAGCAGCCAAGACUGACACACUCUCCAUGAGGAAGCUGGCCACGCCCUCAGCAUUCCGCAGCUUCGAUAGACAAAACUACACGUGACAAGAACCCUGGUCAGCACACUCACACACUGACAGGA